UCGAGGUUCAACUUGUGUUGCUAUAGUGUAGACAGUGCUCUGCGCGCGCAUGUGUGUGUAUCUGUGGCAGCUCGAGCGACCAGCGCGGCAGGUUGUUUGCGACGGAGAUACAGAGCUGCAAGCAGCGACACUUUGAGAACAGGGAAGCAGAGUCGCCGGAAGCAGCAGCAGCAGACGCGAGGUGGCCGCAGACAGCAAAAAUCACCGGCAGCACAAGCGACAGACACCGAGGCGGCCAGCGGGGAGGAGAGACGGACGAGGUGGAUGAGGAGGAGGAGGAGGAGGAGGAGGUACCUGCACCCAGACUCGUUUUGCCCCGCCGCCUCCGUCACGUCUCCCUCCCUGUCGUCGCUCUCCUCACCCCUCGUACCUCUCGGACCGCUUCCUCGUUAAAAUGGCUGACCCCAACAGCGACGGUGAGGUGCCGGAGAGCGCGCGCGGUUUCGCCCGCCAGGGAGCCCUCCGCCAGAAGAACGUGCACGAGGUGAAGAACCACAAGUUCAUCGCGCGCUUCUUCAAGCAGCCGACCUUCUGCAGCCACUGCACGGACUUCAUCUGGGGCUUUGGGAAGCAGGGAUUCCAGUGCCAAGUGUGCUGUUUUGUGGUCCAUAAGCGCUGUCAUGAGUUUGUCACUUUUUCCUGUCCAGGGGCCGACAAGGGACCUGCGUCUGACGAUCCUCGCAGUAAACACAAGUUUCGGGUCCACACCUAUUCCAGCCCCACCUUCUGUGACCACUGUGGUUCCCUCCUGUAUGGGCUGAUACACCAGGGCAUGAAAUGCGACCACUGCAUGAUGAACAUCCACAAGCGAUGUGUGGCCAACGUCCCGAGCCUGUGUGGAACGGAUCACACGGAGAGGAGAGGACGCAUCCACAUCUCCGCCCACAUCACUGACGACGUUCUUGCCGUCACUAUCAAAGAGGCAAAGAACCUGGUGCCCAUGGACCCAAACGGCCUAUCAGACCCCUACGUUAAGCUCAAGCUGAUUCCCGACCCCAAGAGUGAGAGCAAGCAGAAGACGAAGACCAUGAAAUGUUGCCUAAACCCCACCUGGAAUGAAUCCUUCACUUUUAAGCUCAAAGAAAGUGACAAGGACCGGCGUCUGUCAGUGGAGGUAUGGGACUGGGAUUUGACCAGCCGGAAUGACUUUAUGGGAUCGCUCUCCUUUGGCAUCUCAGAGCUACAGAAACAAGGAGUAGAUGGAUGGUUUAAACUGCUGUCCCAGGAGGAAGGAGAAUACUUCAGUGUUCCUGUCCAACCAGACGGAGAAGAGGGGAGCGAGUCGAUACGACGGCAGAUUGAUAGGGCAAAAAUAGGUCCAGGGAAGCCGUCAGACUCGUCCUCGUCCUCGGUUUGUAAGUACGACAGCAACGGCAAUCAGGACCGUGUCAAACUCGCAGACUUCAACUUUAUCAUGGUUCUGGGCAAAGGCAGCUUUGGAAAGGUGAUGCUGGCAGAGAGGAAAGGUACGGAUGAGUUGUAUGCUGUCAAAAUCCUAAAGAAGGAUGUGGUGAUCCAAGACGAUGACGUAGAGUGCACCAUGGUGGAGAAAAGAGUUCUGGCUCUGUCUGGCAAACCUCCAUUCCUCACUCAGCUGCACUCAUGUUUCCAAACCAUGGACCGGUUGUAUUUUGUCAUGGAAUAUAUCAACGGAGGAGACCUCAUGUAUCAAAUCCAACAGGUUGGCAAGUUCAAGGAGCCUCAUGCUGUGUUCUAUGCAGCAGAAAUUGCCAUUGGCCUCUUCUUCCUUCACUCCAAGGGCAUUGUGUAUCGAGACCUGAAGCUGGACAAUGUGAUGUUGGACUCUGAAGGCCACAUAAAGAUUGCAGACUUUGGCAUGUGCAAAGAAAACAUGUUUGAUGGCAUUACAACAAAGACGUUUUGUGGGACACCAGACUACAUUGCCCCAGAGAUCAUUGCUUAUCAACCUUAUGGGAAGUCUGUGGACUGGUGGGCCUUUGGAGUACUGCUUUAUGAAAUGCUUGCCGGACAGCCUCCAUUUGAUGGUGAAGAUGAAGAUGAGUUGUUCCAGUCAAUCAUGGAGCAUCAUGUCUCUUACCCUAAAUCCAUGUCCAAAGAAGCUGUUGCUAUCUGCAAGGGGCUGAUGACCAAACACCCAGGGAAGCGUCUUGGCUGUGGCCCAGAGGGAGAAAGGGACAUCAAGGAGCACGCCUUCUUCCGCUAUAUUGACUGGGAAAAGCUGGAGAAUAAGGAGGUCCAGCCUCCUUUCAAACCAAAAGCGUGUGGGCGUGAUGCAGAGAACUUUGAUCGCUUUUUCACACGCAACCCCCCUGAGCUGACCCCCCCAGAUCAGGAGCUAAUAUCCAACCUGGACCAGGAAGAAUUCCAAGGCUUCUCAUUUGUUAACCCUGAGUACAACCACCCAGCUCAAUGACCAUGUAACAUUUCUCCUGGCUUUAUUAGAAAUCACCCAUUCUCCAUAAACAUACUUUAAAAGAAACACCAAACAAGAAAAAAUUAUGAUGAUGUCAUAUUUGGGUUGCAUCCAGCAAUUUUUAACCUUUUAAGAUCUGAUGUUACACAUUAGCACUUUUUCUGGCUCAGGUCUGAAAGGCUUAAAGAUGUUUGAGCAUUUGGGAAAGAUAUUUAUUUAGUUUGUUCCAAAAGUGUGAAAACUAUUCAAGCGGUUUGUUAGAGAGGAAGCUGAAGGUGUUAGCUUAUCUUAGGCUCUAGCUAAAAUCUGAGAAGCAUCUAUAAACUGAUACCUUUCCUUUGCCCCUGGAAACCACUAUCAUACCUAAAUAUCCAACUAAACAUACUACACAUCUUGCUCAACAGUGAUUGUUUAAUUUUAUAAACAAUAAGAAUAUAACAGAGCAAUAAAAUCAAAGAGAGAAAAGUAGCAUUAUCCUAAACUGUCUUUCAAGAUUCAGUUGAACAUGUUAGUUUAGUUUAGCACAGCAAAAACUCAGAAGCAGCAAGAAGAUAAAUGACCUAAUUUUUUAUAGAAAGCAUGAAUGAAACCUUUUGCCUGUAACAAUCUUGUUGUUAGCUUACAUUGGCUUAGUUUAAUGUAACAUAAAGACAAAAAAUGUCUGAAACCUGGUUCCCUGACAUUUUUGACUGCAUACUUUGAGAACAUCAUAAAAAUGUUUACAUUGUCAAGUUUUAUUUUUAAAUGCCAUAUAAAUGUAUAAGUGUUCGUUAAAUGCCAUAUUCAUGGUUAAAAGAAAAAUUGUAGUUAGCUUAAAUUAGCAUUGAGACUGUGUUAUUAAUGGACUUUGUUAAAGAUUGUUUUAAAAACUUCACACUCUAAAGCAAUAAAGGAUUAAUCUGUUUGUUAAAAUUAUUUUUAAAAACCUUCACAGACUAAAUUAAAAAAAUGCUAACUUGUCUUAAUAGAUUCUAUUAAAACUAAUUGUUUUCCAUAUUUGCCACUCGUCUGUAUUUUCUUCUAUAGUGUAUGGUUUUAAAUUGACAGUAAAAUAUUUACUAUUUGCCUGCUUCAAAUCCUGAUGGGGUCAGAGGUGUGGCAAAAUUCAUUUUUCAACUAGAUCAAAUGUAGAAAUCUUUCCUUCUGCCGGAUUCACGUUAUUACCACGUUAUGUUUAUGCUAAAAUCAUCCAAAGUAGUGUAGUUGAGGCUUUACACAUAGCUUAGUGAACUUGGAUGCCUACUAACAUCCUCACAUAGCCACCAACAGUUCUGUGCCGCCAUGAUAAAAAUUGUUGAGGUGACUCAAUGGUGUCUAGUUAAAUUGACGCAGAAGAAGCAGUGCGAUAAACCCUGAUGUUUUCUCUCAUCAAUUUGUUAGAAAAUAUACUAAAUGGUAAAUGUUACUAAAUAAUGUUGUUUCUUUGUGAGUGCAGUGGAUCCAGGGGGAACUGAAAGGCAAUUUUUCUGUAGCUUCUAGAAAAAUUCUGCAUUCCAAAGAAACUUUAUUACCUUCAGUCUCCAUCUCGGUACCAAGGAAGACUUUUGGCUUUUGGAAAGAAAGCAAACAAAUGCAUCUCCAAAAUGGCAGAUUUUUAAAUAUUAUUCAGAUAGAAAUGCACAACUGAAAGCAACCCGCCCACAUGAUUAUAUAUUCAUGAUCCAGAGAACAGGCCAGCAUGUUUUCCAUUAGCGACUCUGUUCUGGGACCACUGUAGUUUAGCUUGUAACUGCUGCUCAUGUGUUGCCUCUACUGGCUGUAUUUUUAUCUUCAGUGCAGAAAUGUUGCUUACAUCUAAAUGCCUCACAUCAGCAGGCUGCUGGAUGCCAGAGUCCAACCUGAACAUGCUCUGUCUCUGUGUCGCCUUCCCUGUAAUCUGCAUAUUGAUUAGAAUAACCAAUCAUUGAUCUUGAUGAGUGUACAAUGAUCACAUGUUGGCAAUUCAUACAGUGUAAAUGAACUGACCAAUUGCUUUGCUGUAAUUGUUUGAAUACUAGUUUCCUAAUGUUGGCUUUACUUUUGUCUGUAGGAUCAAAUAUUAUUACACUUUCUGUUUGAUGUUGUGGUGAAUGUAUCUACAUUAUUUUUGCUGAUUUAUGAUCCUUGUGCACAAAAGCAGGAAGAGUUGCAGAUUCUUUUGUUUGUUUUUCAUUGAAGGGUCUUUGCUUUUCUCUGGAGACGAGUUUUCCCUGUUACACUGUGUUUUCAUUGACGGAGGGCAUAUCUUGUAAACAAUUGUUUUUUUUUUCAAAAUUUACAUGAUGUAGACAUUUAGACUUUUGCGAAGGUAGUUUAUCCUCCAGAAACAGGAUUUCCAGAAGUGCCAAAAUAAGGUUAAGACUCAUAAAGUUGUAGAAAAAUACUGCUCCUAACAGCUGUGGAAAAGAACAGCCAUCAUGUGCCAUUUUGCAAUACAGGUGUAAUUAUCAUGACAUGCAUUACAGCCUAUCCUAACUGUUGACCAACAUUAUUAUAUCCCUUGAAAGUCCUUUUCAUAUAAAAGAUGAAAUGUCAAAGUUGUUUCAUAAUUUUGUAACUGUGUAACGAUGCAAAGUAGUAACAAUGUGUCAAAUCUUGUUUUUGAGCUUGUGGCAGGAAGGUAACAUCAAAAACACCUGCUUCUAAAAUCUCUGAUACUACCAGAUGAGAACCAUGAGCACUAAUCGUGGUAACUGUGAACAACCAAGGUUGAGAUGCUCCAGAGAAAUAAUAUAUAUAAAAAUAUAAUUUCUAUAUCAGAGAAAUAUUUGAAUGUGGUUUCUGGGUGGGAGAGAUGCUGUUGUUGAAUGUGACUGGAAACUCAUAAUAUACUCACUGGUGCCUGCCAGACUA